AUGAAGUGGGCUCGUGAAAACGGGUGCCAAUGGAGUGCCAAUACAUGUGGGUCUGCUGCAGAGCAUGGCCAUUUGGACACUUUGAAGUGGGCGCGUGACAAUGGUUGUCCAUGGAAUGCAAGGACAUGCUUGGGUGCUGCUAGAGGAGGCCACCUGGAUGUGCUCCAGUGGGCUCAUGAAAACGGCUGUCCGUGGGAUGCGAGGACAUGCACCUAUGCCGCAGAGUACGGCCAUUUUGAAAUCUUGAAGUGGGCUCGUGAGAAUGGUUGUGCAGGGGAUGAGCGGACAUGUGAAUAUGCAGCUAUGGAGGGCCAUUUGGAUAUCUUGAAGUGGGCCCGUGCAAAUGGUUGUCCAUGGGACGAAAAUACAUGUGCGGUGUCGGCUGCAGCGCAAGGCCACUUGGACACUUUGAAGUGGGCUCGUGAAAACGGUUGUCCAUGGACAAAACGGAUAUGCGAGGCCGCUGCUUCAAAUGGACAGUUGGAAGUUGUAAAGUGGGCCCGCAAAAAUGGCUGCCCAUGGGACGAACACACAUGCUCUAAUGCCGCCACAGACGGCCAUCUGGAUUUUUUGAAGUGGGCCCGCGAAAACGGUUGUCCAUGGACCGAGAAGACGUGCAGCGCUGCUGCUGAAAAUGGCCACCUGGAAGUUUUAAAGUGGGCUCAUGAAAAUGGAUGUCCAUGGGGCCAACAGACAUGUGAUGUUGCUGCCCAAAAUGGCCGUCUGGAUAUUCUCAAGUUGAUGCAUGCCAAUGACUUCGGCGGGUUUCAGAACACAUACCAAAUCGCCGAGGCCAAUCAUCGUUCGGAUGUGAUUCAAUGGCAGAGGCAAACAUCUAGAGCGCGCAAUCAAAUAUGA